UCGGACGCAGCAACCGGAAUAGUUCUGUUUCUCAAUUAAAUUCUCCCAAAAUUGCCUUUGUGCUGUUGUUGUACCUUUUUUUUCUAUUUGGUCUUCUAUUUUCUUACUCUCCGCUUCCGUACUGGCCUUUGUAUUUUGAUAAUAACCCACAAACUUAUGUAUAUUCUUAUACUCGCGUACACCUUUGCAGCUCACUGAACGCGCUGACGUAUAUAUAUAUAUAUGAACAUAUGAGCCGCAAUUCGAUGCCCAACCAAUAAACAAACGACGCCGAACGAUCACCGGCACCCCAUUACAACUCCCCCCAACCCUUGCCACCACAACCAUACCAGAUUUCCUACCCAAACAACCGACGUCUAACGCCCCCAUAAAGCAGGAGAAGACGACGAAGAAGAGGAGGAGCCAGGAGGAGGAGGAGGAGGAGGAGCACCCUGCCUGCGCUCAGGUAGUGGCCACCUGCUGCUCCGCCGUCUCCACCGCUGCUAGCUGCGCAUAAACCGAAACAGUCGCAAUGAAGGUGGACACGGUGAAGCUGAAGAAGGGCUCUUCGGAGCUCACAGCCGAGUGUCGCGAGCUCAUCGAUGAGCUGACGAAACGUCGGACCCGGGCUGAGCUGCUCGAGUUCCUCGACACGGUCCACGUGUGGAUCUACGGCAAGUGCGAGCUCUAUCACUGGAUCGAGAUCCUUGACCGCUUCGACAAGAUACUCGAGGAGGCAGCCCGCCAUGUCAAUGCCAAUGAAUUUGUGCUGCAGUGUGACACCAAUUUCCAGGAUAUGGAUGUCACCCUACUGCUGCACGUCCUAAACUUCACCACACUGCUAAUCGAGCACUCGUUCUCGCGUCAUUUGUACAACUCCAUCGAGCACCUAACGCAGCUGCUCUCCUCACAGAACAUGGACAUAGUCCUGGCCGUCCUUAACCUGCUCUACAUGUUCUCCAAGCGCAGCAACUUCAUACCCCGCCUGCCAUUCGAGAAGAAGGAGCUGCUGAUUGUCAAGCUCUUCAACAUAGCCGAGCGCUGGGGCGAUCCCAACUACGGCCUGUCGCUCAAGGACUGCUGCAUCGGCGAGCCCAAGCUGGAGUUUCUCUACCAGCUGUGCAUCGACUAUGUGGAUGAGCACGGUCACGCCGCCCAGCUAGAAAUCCCGGACAUGAUGGACCUCUGCCACACGGCGGCGGCUCCCGAGGUGAUCAAGACGAUUGCCGGACAGAUCUCAAAGCCCAGUGAGGCAAUCAAGAUGCGCAUUGCUCAUCGUGUGCGCUUGAUCUCAGGCUUCAACAACUACAAGCUGCGUCUGCAGUUCGUCCAGGCCCGCCUGCAGGCCGUCUCUAUUCUGAUUUACUCCAAUGCCCUGCAGGACAACACGGACAAGGUGCUGUAUGCCGGCUUCGGCGAGGAGCUGUGCGAGCUUAUAGACAAAGAGGACGUGCACCUGGUGGAGAUUCGAGCGGCAGUGCUCCGCACACUCACCUCAAUGCUGCACUUUGACCGUAAUCCCAAUGUGCCCAGCAGGGCCGGUUCCCGUCUGAUGAAAAUCGUCCAUUACACUGGAGCCGAGCGGCAGGGCGGUACGCUGCCACUGCUGGUGCGUGACUGCAUUGAUAACCUGACUACACACGGACUCACCGAGCGCUAUCCGCUCAUCCUGGCCACCUCACUGUUCUCGCUGCUCUACCAUCUGGCCAGCUACGAGAUGGGCGGCUCCGCUCUGGUCAAGAGCGGCAUGAUGCAGUCGCUGCUGUGUGUCAUCAGUUGGCCGGGCGUCGAUCUCGAGCAUAUAACGUUUGUGACACGUGCGGUCCGUGUAAUAGACUUGAUCACCAACAUAGACAUUGCCCGUUUCCAUCAGAACAACGGUCUCAACGUGUUUAUCGAUCGAUUGGAGAAGGAGAUUAAGAGCUGCUGCAAGGCGCUGGCCGACAUUGGCAUUACACUGAAAGAGUCAACGCUGCGUGACGAUAACAAGCUGGACACAUCGCUGGACCAAGUCGAUGAGGAUGUGGAAGAUGGCGCCGGUGAGAAUGCGUCUAUAGCCAGCGGAAGUGGAUCGCCGCGUCCCGAUAACUCGAGUGACGCAAGAGGAGCCGACUUAGGAGCAGGUCCCCUGAACAUUGUCGGUGCGCCGAGUAACGUUGGUGGCGAAUCGGGACCACCUGGCCCAAACAACCGAUACGGAUACAUCUUGCCCAUGUAUCCCACAAACAGUUACUACGCCCGUCCGCUGGCCGAGCGCAAGGCUGAGCUCUCGUCGCAGCUGCCGAGCAGCCUGCAACCGAAGAAACCCUCCUGCGUUACCCAGCGUGCGGCUCUGCUCAAGUCGAUGCUGAAUUUCCUGAAGAAGAGCAUCCAGGAUCACGCCCACUUCAGCAACAUGCGCAACAUCAUGGAGACCAGCCUUACCCAGUCUCUGCGUCACAUCAUUGCCAACGCCGAGUACUACGGACCGUCGCUCUUCCUGCUGGCCACCGAUGUGGUCACCGUGUACGUAUUUAAUGAGCCAUCACUGCUCUCAUCGCUGCAGGAUCUGGGCAUCACUAGUGUGAUGCUGAAGGCACUGCUCCAGAAGGAUGUGCCGGCCACUCGCGAGGUCCUGGGCUCGCUGCCCAACGUCUUCUCCGCCCUGUGCCUCAACGAGCGCGGCCUGUUCGAGUUUCUCUCCUACGAUCCGUUUGACAAGGUGCUGAAGGUGCUGCUCUCGCCCGACUAUCUAGUGGCCAUGCGUCGCCGCCGCUCCUCGGAUCCUCUGGGCGACACGGCCACCAAUCUGGGCAAUGCCAUGGACGAUCUGAUCAAGCACCAUCCCUACUUGCGGGAGGAUGCCACGGAUGCAAUUGUGCGACUCCUCAACGAACUGGUGCGUCUGGGCUCUGAUCCCAGCUUCAUUUGCUGGCGUGCCAACAAGGAAAGCGGCGGCUCUGGCUCCGGUUCGGGAAGUCAUGGCGCCGCCCAUCAUGUGGCCUCCGCACCCUCACCCAUGGUGAUGGUGGCGGGCGCCGGAGUCAAUGUCUCUGUGCUCCAAGGAGCAGCCGAUACGAACGAUAGCAGCGGCGAGGAUGAUGACGAUGAUGAUGAGAUGAGCUCCGCCUCGCAGCAGCAACAGCAGCCAACGACGACGACCAGCGGUCAGGUUACCGCUACCACGCCUAGGACACAGCAACAGCAGGCAAUGGGAGCAGCGGCAACCGGAGGAGUAGGUGCUGGCGCUGGAACGGCAGCCUCGUCAUCGCAGGCUGUCAAAGUUGUCACGCCACCGGAACGGGAGGCCAUUCCCCUGAUCGACUAUAUACUGAACGUGAUGAAGUUCAUCGAGGCAAUCUUCAGCAACAGCCCCAACGGUGAUCACUGUCGCCACUUUGUGCUCCACGGGGGACUAAAGCCCAUUCUGCAGCUGCUAUCCUUGCCCAAUCUGCCCGUCGAUUCGCCCGUGUCCACCACCUCGCAGGCCGUGGCCAAUGUGUGCAAGGCAAUCCUUACCCAGGCUCAGGAGACCAAGGUCCUGGAUGUGGCGCUUAAGCAGCUGGCGGACAUUGUGGCCCAACUGAAGCCGCUGAUCAAGCACUUCACCUUCCCCGGCGGCAGUGUCCUUCUGGCGGAGCUCGUCUGUUGCCAGCGUCUGGAGGAUGGCUUCGCCAACGCCGAAUACACGCCCAUCUUGCACAACAUGAGCUUCGUGCACGGCUAUGUGGUGAUGCUGGUGCAUCUCUGCCGCAACGCCUCCAACGAGAUGCGAACCAUACUCCUCAAGCGUUGGGGCGUGAAUCGUGAGACAGGCGUCCAGCUGCUGCAACAACUCGUUCAGCUCUACAUUUCGCUGGUGUGGGAGAGCACCAUUCUGCUGAAUCUGUGCUCGGACGAGCCCACCCAACAUCCGGAUCUGAUUUGGGACGAGAUUGCUGCCCAAAUGUCAGCGGCAGCAGGCACAUCGGACCCACUGACCGAAGCGGAGCUCUCCCGCAAGCUGGAGCGCGCGGCUGAAUUCCGUACAAAGUACACACCCGAGGAGCAAUUCCGCUACAUCAAAUCCCUGCUAGCGGCCAGCUCCCGACUGGGCCGAGCCCUUGCCGAGCUGCUCGGAACGCUGGUGAAGCUAUCGGUGGGCUCGCCGCAGACCCGUCAGCGGCGCAUCAACGAUCUGAUUAGUAAUAUCAACAAAGUUCCUACGCCGGAGGCCCGCGAAAUAGCCCGCAUCCUGAGCUCGAUCCUGGUCAAUGGCUUCAGUCACGAGAGCAUCCUGCCCAAGCCGGUGCCGAAGCUAAAGCUCACGUUCCUCAUCUGCUCCGUGGGCUUCACCGGCCCGAUGCUGUUCGACGACAAGCGCAGCGCCUUCCAUCUGAUGAUCUCGCAGUUCUGUGCGGAGAAUGGCCUGAAGGCCUUCUUUGAGAUGUUCUACUGGGCCCUCUCCCUGGACAAUGUCUCGCAGAAGUUUGAGUUUGAUCAGUGGGCGUCCAUGGAGGACUUGAUGCAGUCGCAUGAGGAUGAUAAGCGUGACUGUCCGGAGGGCACUGGCGAGUUCCUCGAUGCCUGGCUGCAGCUGCUCGAGAAGAUGGUGAAUCCCCGGGCCAUGCUCGACUCCCCGUACACGAUGAGUCCGCGUCUAAACUAUCUACCCGACUCGGUGCCCUUCGAGCCCGUCUUCUACUUGAUCCACAUACACCAGCUGGCCAUGCAGGCACUGCGCCGCAUAUGGGCACGUCGCCCCAUCCCCAACUACGGACCGAGCAUGUUCGAGACCAUGAUCCUCAUCCUGAAGCAUCUGAUCAAGUCGCAUCAGACCCUGCUCGAUCGCUACCACACCCGCAUGAAGGAGAUUAGGUUCGAGAACCUGUACAUUCGCAGCUCGGACGAAGGCCUCAAUGCCGACCACAUCAAGAUGCUGACGGACAUGGGCUUCAUGCACUACCACGUCAUCGAAGCGCUGCGCAGCAAUACCUCACUGGAGGAGGCCACCGACUAUCUACUGAACAAUCCAGAGACGAGUGCCCUGUGGCAGUCGGGCAGCAAUAAUGCGCCCGGAGGCGGAUCUGCAGCUGCUGGUGCUUCAGCUCCACCACCACCGCCACCGUUGCCACCAACGGCCGGCAGUGGUGCCACAAUGGACGUAGACAUGGAGAUGGAUGGCAGCGGCGGUGGGGCUGCUGGUGCUUCCGGUGAGACCGCGCCAGGUGGUACCAAUGCCUCAUCGUCGUCUUCCAGCUACGACUACAAGCACCUGAAGCUGAUGCCGUCGAUGAUCUUCGAUCGCUUCUGCGACGAGGCCAUCUCGCGUGCCUUUGAGUUCAUGGAGGCCAUACCCGACACCGUCAACAGCGCCGCCGACCUGAUCGCCGUCCUCUACAGGCGCCACAAUCACCUAAAUAAGCAGGUGUUUGUCACCAAUUUCGUGCGCAACAUCAUCCAAUGGGUGGACUUUACCCUGCAGCUCUUCGAACCGGACAAGAGCAACACCAACUCUGGAGUGAAGGCAACCCGGCUGGAUGAGUGUCUCACCGGAGUGACAGCCACCCGGCUGUUUGUGCGUCUCAAGACUUCGACGCUGCUGCUCGAGGAGAACUAUAGUGAUAUGCAUCGUCCGCUGGUGGAGGCUAUUACGGCCCAGGAUGCCAUGGUAUCGCUGGUCAAGCUGCUUGACUGCAUGAGCCAGUGGAUGCUGGAGCAGGCGGGUGAGACGCGACCAGUGGUGCCGCGUUGGGUCCAGAAUCUGGUGGACCUGAUCGAUGCCAUCGAUAGUAUCAGUCACAUUCUGCAACGCAAGGCCAACAUGCGGGCAGUGAGCAGCGAUGUGUGGCGUUGGUAUGACGCCUCCACGGGCAAAUGGAACGCCUAUUCGGAGGCCAACAACGAGUUGAUACGGAAUGCCUACGCCGCCGGCGAACGCUGGCUGCACAUCAACAUUGGCCGGCAGCGAUGCACCGUGAGCCUGAACUGUAUGACCCAGGUGAGCGAGGCCUCUGGCACCCAUCGUCCCGUCUUUCCCGCCCUGAAGCUAAGCGAGGCCAUCGGCUUUAUGAACAAUCCGGUGGUCCUGCCCAGAGCGGAUAAUUUCUUGAAUCGGAUCGUUCGCACCUCUCCCGAUGGCACUGGCACCGUGCACACGGACGAAUUGAUACCCCUGCGCCAGCUGGUUAACUUUAACGAUGGCCAGCCGCCGGAUAAUACCGCCAGCAAUGAAGCGGAGAGCGGCGGAGGUGGAGAAGGAUCAGGAGGAGGAGGAACAGCAGCAGCAGCCUCGGCCUCAGCCUCAGCCUCAGCCGCUUCAACAGCCAGUGAGGAUAACCCUGCCGCCGGUGCCAGUGGUGGAUCCCCGCCACCGGCCAUGACAACACGCAGCAAGUCGCGGCAAAAGAACGCCGCCGCUGCUGCAGCUGCAGCCAAGGUCAAGUCAUCGUCGUCGCAAGCAGCGGGCGGCUCUCCGCCCAUCCCCAAGCGCACGCAAAAGAUCAUACUGAAUGAGGAGCAGGUGGGCCUGAGCAAGUUCGAUUGUGGCCGCAUCAUUGGCAGCAUUGUGGAUCUCCUCAAGCCAACGAAUCUGCUGCACAACGAGACGAAGCUGUCGCUGCUCCGUUUGUGUGCACGCCUCACGCGCAACUACGACAACGCCCAGGUGUUCAUCCGCCGUGGCGGAGUGCGGAUGCUGUUGCACUUGCAGCAGGCCUGCAGCUUCAUGGGCUUCCCCACCUACGCCAUCAUCAUUCUCCGGCACGUCCUCGAAGCACCGCCGGUGCUACAGGAGGCCAUGGAGCGAGUGCUGGGCAUGCGAGCAGCCGGCAUUGUUCCCGUUGGCCAUCGUGAUCUCAUCUACGUCCUCACCCAGGUCUCGACAGCGGUGUCCCGCAAUCCGCAGAUAUUUGUGGCCGCCGCCAAGGAGAUGCUCAAGGGUGAGUAUCUCCUAAACUCGAGCAGUUCCACGCUGACCGACGAUGCCCGCGUCAUGGUCAAGUCCAAGUUUGGCCAGCAGCCCACGGCGGCGGCCGGCGGGGCCACGCCACAGACCCAGACACCGCCGCCUUCCAAGAGCGACGACGAGCUAAAGGAUGAUCCGCAGGUGCAGUCGUCGGUGGCCGUGCUCAAGGAUUUGCUGCACGGAUUGGUGCAACCAUGCUGGCACUACGGCGGCACAGCAUCCACGGAUCGUGGUCAUGGCGCCGCCGAAUUGGUGCAGCCGGAUCAACCGCCUGGCACGGCGCCACAGGGAUGUCACGACGACGAGGCGAGGCCGGAGACCAGCACUAAUCAAGCCACAAACAAGAAGCAAUCCGCGAGCGGCGGAGCCACUGGCAAUGCCCAGGCAACAUCUGACAAAUUUGAGCCCUGCUGCUGCACCUGGCACAUCCCCACCAGCGCCCACAGCCACGCCAAGCCGACCAUUUCGCGGGCCACGCUGCUAAAGCUGCUGGCGGACGCAACGCGUGCCUACCAAUCGCUGGUGCCGCGCGUCCUACUCUCGCAUAUCUAUACGCCGGCGGACAGCCCCCUCAUCUCGGCACCCCAGCAGACCUUCCUCGGUGUCCUGCUCGAUCGUUUCCUGCCGCUCACGCAGCGCCACCAUGUGCCGGAGGUGAGCACAAUGACCAGAGUGCUGGUGUGCUCGCUCUCGGACUGCUACCAGCAACCCGGUGUCCAGGUGCAGGUCGCCGAGGAGCUGCACGCCGCCGUGGCCCGAGCCCUGGCCCAGCCGGACUCAUCCGAGAAGCACACGCGCCUGCAGGUACUGAUGAGCCUGUUCCCCAACCUGAUCGAGUCCCCGAUGCUGUACGACAAGGUGCACAUGCAUCGCAACAACAUGUACCGCGUGCUCCUGCGCCAGGGCGUCAUGACCUACCUGACCAAGGUGGCCCAGUACAAGGAUCUGUCGAAUCACAACACCCUCAGCACUCUGGCCGCUAUCCUGCGGCCCAUGGAGAUCCUGUUGCGUUUCAGUGUCUCAACCACAACGCUGGGCUCCAAGCGCAUACUCUUCGGCGGCAGCGCACCCGGCAGCGGAACGAAUGGCACCGGCAGCAGCAAUAGCAGCAACGCCGCCGGCGGAGGCAGCGGCACUGGCCCUGGUUCACUCAAUACCUAUGGUGCCAUUAUCAAUCGACGACUCUAUCCUCGCCUGGCCGCACGCGCAGCCUUGAAUGCGGAGCGCUCGAAUGCCGGCGAACAUGUGCUCCGCGACAUUAUCCGCAACGUGCUCACCGAUCGUCGGCAUGCCUUUGAGUUCAUCUUUAAUUCGGACGAAAUGGCAGUGGAUGCGGAGGAUACGACGGCAGGAGGAGCUGCAGCAGCAGCAGCUGCCGCUGGCAUGGUAGGAGGCAGUGGAACCGGCGGCGGCGGCGGCGCCUCGGGAACCGGUUCAGGUGGCGGUGUUACCGCCGCCGUCAUCGAUGUCGUCGAGGAGCGCAGCAAUGGCGGAGACACAAAUGAUCCACCGGCCAAUGUGGGCUCUGCCGCCGGCGGCGGUCAGUCCGGUUCUGGAAACACAGGACCCGUGCGACCAGUACUCAACUUUGACCAGCUGUGGGAUGAUUUCCUCCAGAGCGAGGGAUUGCGUCUGGCCUCGCGGGCCAUCGGAAGCAAUGGAUCCGGCAGUGGAGCCGGCGGUGGCGGUGGCAGCGGCACCGGCAGCUCAGGUGCUCAACAGAAUGGCAGCAAUGCAGUGGGCAGCGGAGGAGGAAGUGGAAAUGGUGGCAAUGCAACUAAUUCCGGAAAUAACUCCGUGAACGUUGAUCCGCGUCUGCGCACCAAUCCCGAUGUAGAUGUGGAUGGCAACGGUGGCGUUGCGGGCACCAACAAUUCCAGUUCCGUCAACGACAAUGGAAUCGGCGGUGGAGGCGGCAGUGAUGGCGCCUCUACAUCCUCGGACCAGGGACUACUUCGUGAGUUAGGUGCCUCGCUGCUGGGUGAUGUUAGCACCACCGAUUCGGAUUCGGAUGCUUCCACGGAGAACGAUGAGCGCAACGAGGAGGAGGAGGACGAGGACGACGAUGCCCCCGAUGAGGAUGUGGAUGAGCACAGCGAAACGGAUGUGGAUGAGGAGCGUCCAUUUAUCGAGGUCUUUGAUCACAUCUACGAGCCGGAAUCCUCGGAAACGGCAUCCAACGAUGCCGAUGUGGAUGCCGACGAUGAUGACGAUGAGGAUGAGGAGGAUGUCGACGAUGACGACGAUGAUGAUGAUGACGGCGACGACGAGGAUCGGGAGGAGCGCCAGAGUCUCAUCGAUGCCGAGCUGGAGGACCAAAUAGACUUUGCCAUUGCCCUGACCACUUCCAGUCAGCGUCCGCGACGCAGUGCAGCAGUCAAUGCUUCUGGCGAUGGCUCUGCAAAUCGCACGAAUCCUGGCAACGACGAGGUCGAUGACGAGGACGAUGAGGACGACGAUGAUGCGGACAAUGAUCCUGAUAACGAUCCGGAAGCAGAUGCGGCACGAGCAGCCACCGCGGCCGAGGAAGAGGCGUAUCUGUACGAUCACCUGGUCGGCGAGAGUGACCUGAUGCCCACGUCGGCGGACAACUUCCGGGUGCGGAUGAACCGUACCAUUGCCCAGAUUGCCCAGCCGCUGGACAUUGAUGUGGUCGGAGGCAGUGGUGGAGGCAGUGGCGGCAACGGUGGCAGUGGAGGAGUCGGUUCUGGGGUCACCGGAUCGUCCAGCAACUCUGGCGGUGGCGGUGGCUUCUCCCUGCGCGGCUUCUCGAUGCGUAACCAGAGCGGCGGCUCCACGUCCACCGCCCUACGUCCCUCGUCAAGUUCUUGGAUGGCACCAGAUUUCAACUUCCUUGGCGUUUCGCUGGGAGCCAGCGGUUCCAGUGGUGGCCCAGGAGCCUCCGGCAGCGGAGCAGGUGGAAGUGGAAGUGGUACCGCCAACGGUGGCGAAGUGAAUGCCUUCCUCACGCCCUCGCUAGUCCAGGGCGUUGCCUCUGGCAGUGGCCAGAGCAUGAGCAAUCUCUUGGACGAACAGCCGGGCGUGGGAGUGCCGCGUCCAGGUGAUGGUAACGGAACAGGAGCAGCAGCAGCCAACUCUGGCCCCGGCAACAGUACCGGUGGCGGCGCAAGUGGAAGUGGCGCCAACGCUGCCGCCCAGCAUCCAAAUGCCACACUCUGCACGAACGGCGUGCGACGACGUCUGCUUUACCUGGAUCAGCAGUACUGCGUUUGCAUGCCCACGCACCAGAAUCCGACCGAAGAGACCCAGAUGGAGACCUUUACACAGGACGCUCUUCACUGGUGGCUGGAGGAGGCCAAGGCCCUGGACAUGGAGAGCCAGACGGAUGCCUGUCUGUAUGCUGCCCACUUCCUGCUGCCGCAUCUCAUCAAGGAGCUGAAAGUGGCUCACCAGCAGCGCAAGCAGGAGGAAGCCGCUCGCCAGGCGGCAGCUGCCAGUGCAACGCCUCCAGCAACAACAACAGCAGCAGCAGCAGGAGUGACUCCAGCAACUGGACCAGCUCCGGCCUCAGCCGUAGCAACGCCAGCGAGUGGAGGAGGUACCACAACGACAUCGUUUAUUGGCUCCAGUCUGCUGUCGUCGGGAGCGGGAGGGAACAGCAGCCUGGUGGUGCCACCAGUGGCUGCCUCAGCCACGGGUGGAACCCGCCGUAGCUCGAUACCCGUGUUGAUUCCCUCGAACUUUGGAGCAAACAACAGUACAACCGCAUCACAACCUGCAGCAGGAGGAGGAGCAGCAGCAGCGGGAGCCAGCGGCUCUGGCGACGGAGCUACCACGAACAGCCCAUUCCUACAACUACCAACAACGACAGCUUCCAAUAACAGCAGCAGCAGCCCUGGUGGAGCUGCUGCCGAAUCACAGUCGUCCACGACGGCGACGCGGGGACACCGACGCGGACGUCCCGGUGCCCCGUCCAUCUUUAACAUAUACGCCGAAAUUGAUCUGACCAAUGAAACGGAUAGCCAAGGCGCCACAUCGACCAAUCCCACGCCGGCAAGUGGUGCAACUGCUUCGGCCGACGCUGGAGGAGCUGAGGCGCAGGUAUCGCAGAAUUUCUUCACCAAUUCGUCGGCAUCGGCACCGAAUCAGCGCCUACCUCUGGUCCUGCCCUCGCCAACCAGCGGCAGGCCAUUGCGUCCUUACUCUCGUCUGGAUGAUGCCGAGCUGCUACUGAUGCAGACCUCUCGCAGUCGCCCAGUGAACCACAGUUUGUAUCCAUCGUCACGCCAUUCUGGCGGCGCCCGUCCCAAUCGUGAUCUGCCCGCCCGUCUCCAGCGUCUCGUGCAGGCGCAUAGCGGCAUUGUGGUACCACGCAAUACAUCGCCAGGACUCACGCUCCUUUCCACACCCCAGGCUAUGGCAGCGUUGGGCCAGCAACUUGGCCAGACACCCGCAGAGAAUCGAAACAACUUUGGCCUGCCCUCGUCCCUUGAGGUGGACGUGAUGCCGGGAAUAUUGGGCAUGCCGCUGCACGAGGCCCAUCCGGAGGAUGAGGUUGUGGUGCAGAUUGAGCCACAGAUACUGCCACCGCCACCGCCCCCAGUGUCUGGUGAUUCAGCGGCGGCGGUGCUUAUUGACGACGACGACGAUGAGGAGGAUGAGGAUGAAGAUGGCGACGAGGGCCUCGAAGCUCUGGCCCGUUGGAUGCCAAGAAGUGCGUCGGAAGGAGCUUCGGCCACCUCUAACAUACGCGAAGCGUGGUUCGGCCUUAAUCCCAGGGAAAUGGCCACCGAAACGUCGAGUCAGACGGAGGAGGGCACUGAAAGCAGUCCAGCAGCAACGGCUCCAGAGGCAGAGCCCACAUCAGGAGAAACGGGAGGAGCAGCGUCCGGUACAGAGUCAGCAGAAGGUACGGAUACAAGUACGGGUACAGGCGGUGCAUCAGCAACGGGAGGAGCAGCAGCAGGAGGAGGCGGCGGCGGCACUGGUGCCACCAUUACCGACAUGAGUCCCGAGGUCCGUGCCGCUCUCGGGGAUCUGGAGGUACCCGAGGGUGUCGAUCCCUCAUUCCUGGCCGCCCUGCCCAGCGAGAUGCGCGAGGAGGUGAUCCAGGAGCACCUGCGCAUGCAGCGCAUUCGCCAGCGGGCUCAGCAGAAUGCCAUCCAGAUCGCCCAUGACUCGCUGGUCGAGGUCAAUCCCGAAUUCCUGGCCGCCUUGCCCCUGAACAUACAGUCGGAGGUGCUGAUGCAGCAGCGUAUUGAGCAGCAGCGCCAGGCGGCUCAGAGCGCCAAUCCCGAGGAUCCCGUGGACACGGCCGCCUUCUUCCAGAACCUGCCCGAGAAUCUGCGUCAAGCUAUCCUAACAGAUAUGGAGGAGUCGCAGAUAGCGAGCUUGCCGCCAGAACUGGCGGCCGAGGCACAGUUCCUGCGUCGUGACUGGGAGUCACGCAAUGGCGCCCGCAUGGACGCCCAUCCGCCCAGCAAUGCCUUGACCCGCUUCCAGACCACGCUCCAGAGCCUGGAGGAGGCACGCUGGCACAGUUCCAUUUGGUACGAUGCCAGCGGUAAUGCACAGCCGCAGCAUCACCAGCACACAACGAUUGUCCAUCAUCACCCGCAUCCGCAUCAGCUGGCGCCCAUGGGCAAGCCCCUGGCCCUGCUGAUGAUGGAGGAUGAGAAUAUCCUGCUCGACCCGGACUCGCUGGCCACGCUGCUGCUUUUCCUGUUCGUCGAGGACCAGAAGGUGUACAGCAUGCGGCUGCAUCGUGUCAUCCGUAACCUGUGCCACCACGAGCCCACUCGGGAUUGGAUAAUCAAUGCCCUGAUCAGCAUCGUCCAGAAGACCAACGAGGAUAAUGCCAACUUUGGGACCGCCGGCGGUCAGGCGGGCAGCAAACCCGAGUGGCUUAAGCUGCGCGUGGAUGCCGCCUUUGGCUACAAGAGCAACAUCUUCCUGAUCAACCGCCUGUACGAGGGCAGUGCCCGCAGCAUCAGUAUAAAUCCGCAGGCGGCCCAAAUGAUCGUGCGCAACUGCCUGGACCUGCUGUUCGUGCUGGCCAAGCACUAUCCGACCAGCUUUGUGCCCUACAAUCGCGAGGUGAAGACCCGCCGCAUCCUGAGCGCCGUCUUGGGCUUGCCACCCAACACAGUGAUGGGUGCAGCUGGAACAGGACCAGGAUCAGGAGCGGUAGGUAUGCCCUGGCCCGCAGCCGGAGGAGCAGGAUCUGGAGGGGCUGCGCCUCGGCUAGACGAGUCCGUGCCACCGGGUGGAACUCUGGACUUUCGCUCACGCUUCUGCCGCUAUCAAGUGGCCAAUCGACUGCGUGGCAUGCUCGACGAUCAGCCAACCAGUAACCAAUCAUCCUCAUCCCUAUCGAAGCCUGCCACUCCGCUAGACGAGGCGCCGUCCACCUCGAAGGCGGCGGCAGCCAAGGCGGCUGCUAGUGCAAAGGUGUCCAGCGGCAGCGGUAGUCAGCAAUCGGUGCCCUACCAGACGAAUGCCAAGAACUUCUGGGACGUAGUCCUCAACAUCGACAGGCAAACGCAGGUACGAAUGUCGCAUGUCUCCCAGUUCCCGCUCACAUCGCAGCCGCCGUGGGAGUGGCAGACGAACACCUCCGACUUCCUGUCCUUUAGCGACUCGCCGUUCGGCCAGCUGCUUGAGAUGCUGCCGUACAAGGUGAUCUGCCGGUCGCCCCAUCUGACCGACAUGCUGGUCAAACUGUUGGCCUCGCUCAGCACGGAGCUGCCCAAGGAAGAGGAGUGGCUAGCCGAACAGAUGCCACCGCUGAUACCCAUUGGCCAGGCGACGGGACCGGGUGCAGCUGCCUCUGCACCGGCGUCUGAGUUGGCGACAACGGGGGCCAAUCCUGCCAGCGAGAUCGGUGAUGGUCUAGCCACCAAUAGCACCGAACAGGCAACCCCCGCCGCCGGAAAUCCAGCCUCUGGGGAUGGAAACGAUGGAGUAAAGCCGGCGGCACAGCAGCAGCAACAACAGCAGCAGCAGCUGCCGCCACUGAGCGUGCCCAUGCCGAUGCAACCGUCGAAGCCCAGGCGAAAGAUCUAUGCCAAGAACUUCUCCCAGCUGCAGCUGGUCAUCGAGGUGUUGACCCACCAGUGCGGCACCACCGAGGGCCUGGACAACGUGGCCAAGCUGAUAGUCAACCUCACGCAAUGCUCGCAGGCCUCCAAUGCCAUAUUCAUUCAGUACUUGACAGCCGCCAUCCUGGGCCUGGCCGAGGAAGUGCGCCAGGCCAUUCAAACGCUGCUCAAUGAGAUUCGUGCAUACAACAGUCACCAUGGCGUGGCCAGCACCUCACAGCAGGCCUCUGCCUCCGUCUCGACAUCAUCAACAGCUGCUGGAUCGGCUGCUCCAUCAGGAUCUUUGGGAUCUUCGGGUUCAUCGAGUGGUGCCAGUCUCUUGCCCAAUCUGGCCGUGAACGAGGGUAUCAUGCAGGAUCGCUUUACCGCCGAGCAUGUCAUCAUCUCGGCGCCGAAGAAUGCCAAGCCCACGUGCGAGCUGCAGCUGCCGUCGAUGAAGAAGCUCAUGUCCAAUUCCUCCGCCCAGCCUUACUUCCUGCGCACCCUGAAGAUCUUUAUGCAGGUGCGCGACAUGUACGAUUCGCCGGAUAGCCUGCCAACGGUCAGCGGGAACAGUGCACCGAGUGUCAGGAGGACCCUUGGUUCUGGCGGUCACGAUGAUGAUGAUUUCAUCGACAUUUUGGGUGAUCCACCGACAGGCAGCAGCAUCUGGGCCACCGAUUCGGUGAGCACAGGCUCCUCGCCGCCGCCUCUGUCUGGCUUCAGUAUGGACACCAAUCAUCAUCAGCAGCCGGUGCAACAGGUGAACAUACAAGAUGUGGAGGAUGAGGAGGGCGACGAUGAUGAAGAGUAUUUGGAUGUGGAUGAGGCGCUGGAAUCCGAGCAUAGAGCGCGUAUCAAUAACGAAGGAGCCGCGGCGGGAGCCAAGGCCACCGCGAAUAGCAACAGCAACAAGCCGACGCUGAGCCAAAUUCUCUGCCUGGACGUUCUGUGGCACACGCUCAGUGAGUGCCUGGUGGCACUGGAGGAGUCCAAGGACGAGUUCGCCGUACUGGUACUGCAGCCCACCGUGGAGGCCUUCUUCCUUAUCCAUGCCUCACAUCGCAAUGCGGUAAAGAAGCCCAGAAUUGGAGGUUCCAUAGUCCUGGGACUGCGUUCGUUGGCCGGUCCGAAUGGUAGAGCCUUGGCGGCUGAGAUGGCAGCUGCAGCUGCAUCAGCAGCUGCCCAGCGGCAGCGGGACCAGAGCACUCCACCGCCGAUGGAUGAUACGAGCAGCGCCAAUACCAGUUACGAGGAUGAACCACGAAUGCUGGAUGCUUCUACCAACACAACCAACCAGACGGGGGCCAACAGCAACUCCGCCGGCAGCAGCGCCAGCGGCACCAGUGCCACUGCUAGCGCUAGCAACGCCCUAAGUGCCCACGAAGCGCAGCUGCGUCAGGAUCGACAGAAAUUCCUUCAGUUCGCCGAAAAACACCGCACCGUGCUCAAUCAGAUCCUUCGCCAGUCGCCCACCCAUCUCUCCGACGGUCCCUUUGCCGUGCUGGUGGACCAUACGCGCAUCCUGGACUUUGAUGUGAAGCGCAAAUACUUCCAAACGGAGCUGGAACGCCUGGACGAGGGUAUACGACGGGAGGAGCAUACGGUUAGCGUGCGACGCGUCACCGUCUUUGAGGACUCGUUCCGUGUGCUAUACCGCCUGGGACCAGAGGAAUGGAAGAACCGAUUCUACAUUGUCUUCGAGGACGAGGAAGGCCAGGAUGCUGGCGGCCUGCUGCGGGAGUGGUAUGUGAUCAUAUCCCGCGAGAUCUUCAAUCCGAUGUAUGCCUUGUUCUGCGUAUCGCCCGGCGAUCGCGUUACCUACAUGAUCAAUCCCUCGAGCCACGCCAAUCCCAAUCACCUGAGCUACUUCAAGUUCGUGGGCCGCGUAAUUGCCAAGGCCGUGCACGAUAACAAGCUACUCGAGUGCUACUUCACACGCUCCUUCUACAAGCACAUCCUGGGCAAGCAGGUGAAGCACACGGAUAUGGAAUCACAGGACUAUGAAUUCUACAAGGGUCUCGACUAUCUAAUGAAGAACGACAUCUCUACGCUGGGCUACGAGCUGACCUUCUCUACAGAGGUCCAAGAGUUCGGCGUCACCCAGAUCCGUGAUCUCAAGCCCAAUGGCCGCGACAUAGCGGUGACCGAGGAGAACAAGUUCGAGUAUGUGCAGCUGGUGUGUCAGCUCAAGAUGAGCGGCUCCAUACGACAGCAAUUGGACGCAUUCCUCGAGGGCUUCUACGACAUUAUUCCAAAGCAUUUAAUAUCGAUUUUCAACGAACAGGAACUGGAACUUCUCAUAUCCGGCCUGCCGGAUAUUGACAUUGAAGAUCUAAAGGCCAACACCGAGUACCACAAGUAUACAUCCAAGUCGGCACAGAUACAAUGGUUCUGGCGCGCCUUGCGCAGCUUCGACCAGGCGGACCGGGCCAAGUUCCUGCAAUUCGUGACGGGCACCUCCAAGGUACCAUUGCAGGGCUUUGGCUCUCUGGAGGGCAUGAAUGGCAUACAAAAGUUCCAGAUUCAUCGCGACGAUCGAUCCACGGAUCGCCUGCCUUGCGCCCACACCUGCUUCAACCAAUUGGAUCUGCCCAUGUACAAGUCAUACGACAAGCUGCGCAGCUGCCUACUCAAGGCCAUACACGAGUGCUCCGAGGGCUUUGGGUUCGCCUAAGCUGGAACUGGCGACCCAAAACGAUUCCUAAAUGCGAGAAAUACUACGAUUCGAAGAGGAGAAGGAGAAUGAGAAUGAGGAUGAGACGAAGGAGAAUAGAGCACAGAACAGCCACGAUAGAUAAUGAGAGAAAUGUCAGAAACAGAAAACUGCAUACACACAUAACGUACACACGGUACAUAUAGUUAUAUAGUAUAUAUAAAAAUGUUGAAUUAAUUAUUAAUUUUCGCGCCU